CUUCCUUAUACUGUGGAUGUGGCCCUAAAAAGAAAAGACAGAAAGAAAGGAACGAAAGAAAGGAAAUAAAUAGGGGAUGAAGAAAAACUCCAUAUACCAAGCAGAGAGCCUUCCCUCAGUCUCAUUCUCCCCUGUCGUCUCCCACAAUUCUGGCAACAAGGUGCAGAGCAGCCAGAAAGAACAUCAGAGGAAUCCUCUCUGGGGAAACAGAGAAUCUCAAGAGAUUGUAUCUAUAGACACUGGCAUGGGUGCUUCCCAGUGAAAAAUGAAUUGUCACUUUAUGCCCCUUCUACCUACACACAUACACACGCACAUCCAGCACUUCCAAUUGGCUUAUUAGAGCUUCUUUCUUAGACAUAAAUGAAAAAUCAAGGUGGUUGAUGACAUGAAAGACCACACUGGAACAAACAAAAAAAAUUAUGAAUACUGGGGAAAGAGAGAGAAAAUGCGUAGAGAAGAGGAAAAAAUUUAAAUAUGUAAGUAUGUGCAUUCAUAUAUACUUAAUAUUCUCAGAAAGAUGAGAGACUAGAGUGGGAGAAUAUAAAGUGGGAAAAUUCAGAAGGAAGUAUAAAUUAUUAUAAUUUUACUGAGAAGAAAUGGAAAAUUUACUAGAAUAAUAACCCUAAAAACUGUAAAUAAUAGUAGUGUAAAUCUAUUCUUUCAAAAACAAACAACAAAAAUGACACCAGGCUCAGAGCAUAGAAAAGGUGUGACAUUUCCCCAGCAUUUAAAGAGGUUGCUAAUUGCAAACCUUUGGUACCAAAAAUAGAUGAAGUAGGAAAUGAUAAUUAUUGACUAAUAAUGGAUGAAUGAAAAAAAUGGCAAAGGGAAUUCAAUAGUGUGUAAAAAGACUACGCAUGGGUUUUCUUUAAAAAUAUAUGAAUGAGUCAACAUCAGAAAAAUCUAUUAACAUAAUUAACCAAUCUAACCAAUUAAAAAUAAAAAGCACAUCAUUAAUGGAUAUAGAAAAGGAACUAGACCAUUGAACAGACUGUUAGUGAUAAACUUGCAAACAAACCAGCAAUCGAAGGGAACUUCCUUAAUCUGAUAAAGAUUAUCUGCCAGAGAUCUACAGAAAACAUCCCAGUUAAUGAUGACUGAAACAGAAACAUUUGCAGAGAGACUAAAAUGCUUCUACAACUGCCUUCACUCAAUACAGUAUUAUAGUUCAUAGCUAAAUGCAAUAAGAGAAAUAAGACAUUAAAAAAAUCAGAAUGGAAAUGCCAAAACUGCCAAAACAUACAGAUGAUAUACUCACUCCCUUUUCAAAAAAAACCUACAUCUACUCCAGAUUUUUUUCAGUUUAUUUUCAGAUAAACAUACAAUAAGAAUCAUAUAUGUAUUUCUAAGAAAACCCAGUCAUUUCCCAGUUCAUAAUUUCAAUAUCAAAAUUUUCCUUCCUUUCUCAUGGGUUUCAACUCCACUCUAAUUUCAAAAAGCUACAUAUUUAAAUCAAGCUACCAGAAAAAUGGUAAAGAAUGGACACUGACUAUAAUAAGCCUCGAGGUUUACUGUUUGUUUCAAGGUCUUACUAAGACCUGCUGGCCAGCUGUAAGCCUUCCAUUAGCUGCUCCCUAAAGGAAUUCAAGCAGUUGUCAUGAGGUUAUGCACUGGCCUUUCCAAAGCAGUGAUAAAUACACUAUAUAUCUAUUUCUCAGCUGUGGGUUUCUGGACCUUGAUGGCUCAUGAGCCCAAGUAUGAGCAGUUUCUCUUGGGUAAAUGUUUGAGGGCCUUGAAAGAGUUUGUGUGGAACUGAACUAAAUGUCUAGCAACUAUUGAAUAUUUGUCAGUCUCUCUCAGUUUCCUUGGCUUAUUAAAGACACCACAUACACAAAAAAGGACUUGCUUUUAAGUAUUCAUUUCUCAGUCUUAGGUAAGAUUCUUAGGUAAAGAGCCUUUCCAACUUUGGGGGUCUCUAAGAGAAAGGCAUAAACUGGGUAGCAAAACUAGGGAUUACUGAAGGUCCCAAGGUCCAGGGGAACCUGAUAGAUUUGAUUUCUGAUUCUCCUUCAGUCCUUGCAAAGGUCUAUUGUGGGCUCGCAUUAUGAAAGGCCAGGAAGGCUGGGUCUGUUGGUUGCCUAAAUGUGGGAAAGAGAAAGAGGGCAAAUGCAGGAAUGACUCCAAUAGGGGCCUGCCUUCUCAUCUAUGUCAAAGAGAAGGUUCUCAGCUUUGCCUACUCAACACAGAGUGAUGCCCUGGAGUGUGAUGAGCAAACCAAUGGGACUAGUGUGCAGUAUAGAUGCUAUGUCCUCAUUCUGUCAUAUUCCAUGUGUUUUGCAGGGAGAAAUACACAAUGAGUAUUGGUUGAAGGAAUCAUGAAUGAAUGAGUCAUGGUUCCCAGAACAUUCAAAUUGGAAGAGAUCUCAGAUCCUUUGGCUUUUAGGGUAUAGAGGCUCUGGCAUGUGAGGCUUGUGUAAUGACACUGAACCCCCUGUAAACAUGCUGAGUUCUACAACAUUGUACACCGUCUCUACAUCAGUGUCAUGAGGCAAGAACUCCUCUUCAUCCUCUGUGCAGAGCAGGACUGUGUCCUGAUGAGCUAACUUUGUUCCUAGGGAAACCCCAGAUCAUCUGUGUAGGGGAGCAAAAUGUGCCACCCUAAAAUGUCUCUUUGGCAUGUGGAUUAUUUUGAGCUACAAAUAAUUAAGUCCCAAAGACUCAGGAAGAACCUUUGAACUUCCCCCAACCGCCUAAAAGAGACAUGUUCCAGGAAUGGAGGCAUCACCAUAGAUAACUAUAGCGUGAACCAGGUGAGACAGGGAGGAACCUAGGACAAUCUGUUUAUUAAAAUUCGUCCCUGUGCCUCACUGUCUUUGCAAGACCCAGCAAAUGGCAAACAUUUAUUUAUCAAACUUUUGCUUUUCUAUCCCCAUGUGAGUUGCCAUUCUCCCCUCUGAUGUCUCAGAUGCUACCCUUAACAUCCUCUUUUGUCUUUAGUUGAAGAUGGUCCUUAAAGUGAGGGCUUUGGCCAUUUUGGCAAGUUACUCAAGUUUUCUGGGUCUCUCCUGUCAACUGAAAAAAACACAAUAUUCAUCCUAAAAGUUAAAAACUAUGUUUUCUUUGGUGGACAAAACUGAGGGCUUAAGCUCAGGACACAGCCACUCAGCUCUGAGAGAUUUUUCCAAACGGGAAAGGGAGGAGGUUUUGCAACAAAGACCAAGUAGUUGGAACUUCAAAAGAUUACUGUUAAUUAAAGAAAACCAGGUAUCUCAAGGAAUUUAGCACUUUUCUCUGUGUGGGAAGAUGCAAGAGUCUGGGCUCACAGAAAUCAUUCCUUUGAUAGACACCCUAAACAUCCAGGGCCAGUAUCCUGUGCUUUCCCACCUGAGUCCCCUGAGGAUGCACCAUCAGGGGUGGCUGAAGUGGCUAAGGGUUUGGCACUGGGCAGCCCAUUUGUCUCCACCCUGAGUUUCCCCAGGGCUCACCAUCAGGGGGCUGUAGUGGCUUGAUGGCUGCAACAUCCUUUGUUUACAGAUAUGGCAGGUGACAUUUUUCACUCAUACAUCCAUGUAUACGUUAUUAAACUUUUGUUUGAUUUUCUCAUGUUACUCUGUCUCAUGUCAAUUUAAUUCUUAGACCAGUCAGAAGAACUGAAAAGGCAGAGGAAAACUUUCUUCCUGAUACCUACAUUCUCUCAAAGUGAAUGGGUUGAUGAGCCCCUUUUCUAAUGAGAUCCCCAGAUAUUGUGGUGUUUGGAUCUUCUUACUGUUGCCCUGGGGACAGUCACUGUGGCUUUGGGGAGAGGGACCCUCGAGUCCUGGGGCACAGGAGAACAGUCCUCAAUGAGUGCAAUCCAGACUUAAGGGACAGGGCUACGGGGAAGCACAGGAGAGCCCAGAGUUGCUCUCUGUCCAUUACUCCCAGAUCUGACCAGUCAGAGAGAGAAAUAACAGCCCCCUGGUGGGCUCUAAGUUUUUCUUCUGGCCCUCCCCUUCAGAGGAUUCUCUCAGAGCCACAUCUGCCAGGCAGAGUGUGGCAAUUGUGGUUCUACACUCUGAAGCCCAGCUCUCUCGAGGCCUGAGUGAGCCUCAGCCCUCACUGGUGAGAGGUAAGUCUCCCAUGACUCAACAAAGCAAGACUCUUGUCUCUUGUCUGGCUGGAUGUAGCUUUAGGACCCCAGCUUCACAGCACACCACCUUCUCUUUUUCUUUUCUUUCCUGGAAAUAAAAAUCUCAGGCAGAACUUUCAAAGGAGGAACUGGUCAAAAUAUAGAUGUCAGGGUGUCACACUGAAUGAGCCAGGGGAACUGGGGACAUCCAGUCCCAUCCCCAUCACCUUCUACCAUACUUCCAGUCUAUGGGGCUGGAGGAAAGAAAUGCAACAUCUGACUCUGAGUGAAUGUAACUUUCCCACUUUAUGCUAGAAAAAGUAGAGUCCCUGAACACAGAAGUCCCCACUACUUCCUUUUCCUGCCCCAGAUAUCAGCCAGAGGCCAGGAAGGUAAGGGUCAGUGAAUGGCCAGCUCGCUGAAAUAUCAGGGUUCACGAGGGCAGUAGUUCAAGGCACAGCUCCUGGACGCGAGCACACCUGCAGAAUUGCUGCACUGGGAAUGGCUUUUCUGUUCCAACCCACCUUCAGAUCCUCCUCUUGUUCUUGGGAUUUUCUCCCCAGCUUGAAUAUUGUGCUUCCUUCCUUACUACCUCCUUCUCGUAUCUCCGAAAGACAUAAAAGCAACCUCUAAUCUGCAAGCUGCCCCACAAGUGUGAGCUAGACAGGGACCAACCCACCUUCACUAUAUUAGGCUUGAGAGAGGAGCAGUGAAAAUAAAAUAAUGGCCUACAAAACUCAUAUUUUUAAAUCUAUACUCAUCUUUAUCAACAGUUAUGAUUUAUUGAUGGCACGCUCUAUACCAGGCCCUCUGCUAAAUGCCUUAAGGCAUCUUCUCAUGUAAGCCUUCCAUGAGUCCUCUGACAUAGAUAUUAGUACUGUCUUCAUCUUACAGAUGAAGAAACUGAAGCCCAAAGAGAUGAGGAAAAGUCUGUCAGGUCACACAUGAAGUAAGAGGAUCUGGGGUUUGAUCCCAAAGGUGUCUGAAACCAGACCACCCCUACCCUAUCCCCAUCUGUUUCAGAAUCUAGAGUUGGAAAGGAGGUGGAAAGUGGGACUGGACUUUCCAAUCAACAGAGACUGCAGAAACUAAUGACAAGAACCAUCUGUGAAUGUAAGACAGAGAGACAGGGACUACAAAUGAGUUUGGGUGAGUCUAACACACACGUAGAACCCAGAGUUAUGCAAAGUUGGGGUGGGGAUGAUAGAUGAAGGAAGCAGCAAUAUAAUGUACUGUUUGCCUAUUAUGUAUCAAGAAUUGUGUCUGGCUAUUUACACACGGUAAUUCAUAUAAUCUCCAUGGUAAUACCUUGAGCAGAUAUUAUUUUAUUCUACAGAUGAACCAAUGGAGACAAAUGAAGAGAGAAAAAAAAAAUUAAGCAUCCCUGCACAUAUACUAAGGUUAAAGUCAGAGAUUUCUAUAAACUUUAAUACUUUGCAGCUUUCAUCACUGUUUUCCUCCAUAGUAACAUGGUACUUCCUCCAUAGUAACAUGGUACUUCAAACUCAAUGAAGUUUCAGUCUCUUCAUUGUGUUUACAGACUAGAAAACAGCAGAAAUUAUGUUCCACACAGAAGGAAGGAAACUUGGAUGUUAGAACAACUAGUAUUUGGAGAACAUAGGAAGGAACAAGCCUGAAUAGAGGGUUGGCUCUGCAUCACAGAAUGUCUAGGGUCCAUCACACACUAGAAUCUCAAGUUAAAAAAAAAAAAAAAAAAGUGGCGUCUCCCCUCACAGCCUUAUUCCAGACAUUAGCUAUUCUGAAUUUAAUUUGAACCAUAAGAGGAAGCACUGUGACAUUAUCUUUGUUUUACUAGAGAUGGAUCUGGCCUCUUACCUCUUGGAAGUGUGCCUGAAGUAGAGUUCUGUCUCCGGCUUUAUGCAUGUCCCUUUGUACUGGGUCCCUAACAUGUGAUGGGCCACUGCUGGUCUAAACCAGAUGAGUCUGGGUGAAGUUCCAGAGCUGUGCACACUCAUAAUAGUGCCCUCUCUGGUCUAUCAAUCUACGUUUCAGGUCUACCUAUCUCCCUUCCAUCUAUCUACUUAGCCAAGCUUGUUAAGUGUUACCACUACUCCCUUUACACAUUUUCUCUCUUCUCCUCACUUCCCCACCACAUUUUCCUCCAAUGCCUGGCCCCUGAGAACCCCAAGAGGUCUUGGAGACCUUGGACAGUGUCUGAAUGCUGAGAGCUUCUGAAACCCAGAGCUACACCCACUGUACCUGGUUGAUGAGGACCUUGGACCAGCCUACUGUGUCUAGCCUGGAUGGUCAACCUACUCACUUCAUCUCUUUCAGACCCAGAUUGUCCUCAAUGACAAGAUCUAAUUUCACAGCCGUGGCAGAAUUUACCUUUGAAGGCUUUUCCAUUUUUGGGUGGCAGCACAGGCUCAUCCUCUUUGUGGUCUUUUUGGCCUUGUACCUGUUGACCCUUGCCAGCAAUGUUAUCAUCUUGACUGUUAUCCACCUCAACCGUCAGCUUCACACACCCAUGUACUUCUUCCUGAGUGUGCUGUCCAUUUCUGAGACCUGUUAUACAGUGGCCAUCAUCCCCCGAAUGCUGGCCAGUCUCCUAAGCCCCCAACAAGCCAUCUCUGCUCCAGAGUGUGCCACCCAGCUCUUCUUCUAUCUCACUUUUGGUGUCAACAACUGUUUCUUGCUCACAGCCAUGGGGUAUGACCGCUAUGUGGCCAUCUGCAACCCCCUACGGUAUUCAGUCAUCAUGGGGAAGAAGACUUGUAUACAACUGGCAAGUGGAUCCUGGAGCAUUGGCCUGAGCACAGCCAUUAUUCAGGUGUCUUCUGUGUUCAGCCUGCCUUUCUGUGAUGCCAAUAUCAUCUCCCACUUCUUUUGCGACAUCCGGCCCCUAAUGAAGCUUGCCUGUGCUGAUACUACCAUCAAAGAAUUGAUCACUUUACUCAUCAGUCUGUGCGUCCUUGUUCUGCCCAUGGUCUUGAUCUUCAUCUCCUAUGUCCUGAUUGUCACCACUAUCCUUAAGAUGGCAUCUGCUGAGGGUCGGAAAAAGGCCUUUGCCACUUGUGCCUCACACCUCACAGUGGUCAUUGUCCACUACGGCUGUACCUCCUUCAUCUACCUAAAACCCAAAUCCCAAAAUUCCCUCCAAGACAGACUUAUCUCCGUAACCUAUACCGUCAUUACUCCCCUCUUAAACCCUGUUGUAUACAGCCUGAGGAACAAAGAGGUUAAGGAGGCCUUCCUCAGAGCUUUGGGCAGAAAGCUCCUCUCUUAGGUGCUCGUCAGUCUCAAUAUCAAUAAAAUUUAAAAAUGUGACAAGGUGUUACAGUGAGGGAGCCAGUCAGGUAAGAGAUAGUAUGAGGGCUCCAGGUACCUGAUCUGGGAAGCAUCUAGGAAUCAGAAGGAAAGAGUGAAACAGGAAGUAAAAAAUUAAUGGAGAUGGAUGGAUUUUCCAAGACUGACAGAUGGGUUUAUCAAGCCUGACGGAAAUCAAAUAAGAUAAAGCAUAUGCAGGUGGUAGUGGUAUAAUGUUAGACAUUGCUCCUGCUACCCCGGCGUAAAGUAUUAUAAACCAGCAGUGUGUGUGGGAAGAAGACAUGGUAUCACAGCAGAGGCAUUUAUGUUAAUUUGAAUCUGGCCUCAGGAUGAAAAUCAGGGUCAUGAAAAUAACAAGUUCUCCAUUAUUUACAGGUAACAUUUCCUAUGCUACAUUUUACACCAUAAUUCUUUUAAAUCACUCAAUUAUUUACCCUGUGCCUAUUACUACAUACAUAAACCCUAGACAGUGACAUCAGAAGAGGCUUUGACAGCAAGUUUAGAAACUGGUUGAGAAAUGUAAAUUUUGAGCAGCUUAAACAAAACCCAGAAAAAUGGCUUCCUGUAUACUUGAGAAUUGCAGAAGAAGAGCCCCCAUCUUCAUAUCCCAUCCCCUCUCCCCAGAGAGCCUGGGUCCUCUAAUGGAAUCCGUUGCUGCUCUGCGCAGAUGUCCUCUGCUAGCCUGGCACUUCCAUAUCUGGCAAUGUGAAUGCUGGAGGGCCAGCUCCCCAGAGCUGCCCUCCUCUCUGAAAAACUGCCACUGGCUGAAAGGGAACUUCCUCAAGAUGUGAUACAGA